CCCCAUUCUAAUUUUCCUUUUUAUCCAAUCUCUAAUUUUAACUAUAUUUUUAAGUAAAUAUUUUAAAUAGAAAUAUAGAAAUAUUAAGAUUUAAUAAUGAAUAUUAUUCUAACUUUUUUGCGAUUUCUAUUACAAAAAGUAAAUUUACAAAUUGAUAUAAUUUAUUUGUUCUUUUUUAUUGACUUAUAAUUAAUUUAAUUUCCAUAUAUUGCUAUUCAAAAUUAAAAAAAAAAAUAAAUGAUAUAGUAGAUUAAAAAAUACAACAUAUUAGAAGAAUUUUUAAACUCUUCACUUUAAUCUCACUAAAUUCUCGAUAUCUAUCUGGGCUACAAUAGAAUUGGCAAAGAAGGUGCAUUUUUCUUAUCAACUGCUUUAAAAAGUUGCACUAAUCUCUAAAAUUUGACACUUGAUCUUUAUUUCAAUGAAAUUGGUGAAUAAAGUGCAUUAGACUUAGGUUCUGCUUUAGCAAAUUGCACUAAUCUCUCCAAUUUGACACUUUAUCUUAGAUCCAAUAGAAUUAGCAAAGAAGGUGCAUUAGGCUUAGGCUCUGCAUUAGCAAAUUGCACUAAUCUCUCAAAUUUGACACUUAAUCUUGACUCCAAUUAAAUUGGUGCAUAAGGUGCAUCAGGCUUAGGUACUGCUUUAGCAAAUUGCACUAAUCUCUCAAAUUUGAUACUAAGUCUUGAAUCCAAUUAAAUUGGUGCAGAAGGCGCAUUAGGCUUAGGUAUGGCUUUAGUAAAUUUCACUAAUCUCUCAAAUUUGACACUUAAUCUUGGAUCCAAUAAAAUUGGCUAAGAAGGUGCAUUAGGCUUAGGUUCUGCUUUAGCAAAUUGCACUAAUCUCUCAAAUUUGACACUUAAUCUUAGUUUUAAUGAAAUUGAUGACUAAGGUGCAUCAGGCUUAGGUUCUGCUUUAGCAAAUUGCACUAAUCUCACAAAUUUGACACUUGAUCUUUAAGAAAAUAAAAUAUGGGAAGAAGGUGCAUCAGGCUUAGGUUAUGGUUUAGCAAAUUGCAUUAAUCUGUCAAAUUUGACACUUAAUCUUGGAUCCAAUAUAAUUGGCAAAGAAGGUGCAAUAGGCUUAGGUUCUGCUUUAGCAAAUUACACUAAUCUCUCUAAUUUGACACUUACAAUUGAAUCCGAUGGAAUUGAUGAAGAAGGUGCAUUAAGCUUUGUUUCUGCUUUAGCAAAUUGCACUAAUCUCUCUAAUUUGACACUUAGUCUUUAGUAAAAAUAAUUUCUUUGUUUAACAUUGUGAUAUUUUGAGUUAUAAAUUUGAAUUUAAAUAAAUAUAACUAACUCUUUUAAUUCGAUUAUUAGCUUUUUAUAUAAUUUAUUUUCUUUUUAUUUUUUAUUUUGCUUAUCUUUUUUUUUAUUUAUUAAUUUAAAAUAUCAAAUUUUAAUGAAAAAAAUUUAUUCUUUUUAAUUUUUUUAGUAUUUAAUUUAAUAUAAUAUAAAAGUAUUAAAUUAAUCGAAAAAUCAAUAUUGAAAGUAAAAAGAAAGUGUCUUAAAUUAAAAAGAUUAGUUGUCUUUAAAAUUGAUUUCAAGAAAAUUUUCAAGUUUUG